GCACGACCCGCAGUUGACCCUCAGACUCAUUAAAAUAGAUGAGUGCAGAGGUGACAAUCGCCCUCGGCGUAACAGGGCGUAUCCUCGCCAACAUCCUCUUCGCAGACUCAAAUCCCGGCUUAGGUGCCGUCCUCGUCGGCCUCUCAAACGGGUUUCUAAUUCACCGCGCAUGGAUUGCAAAUGCACUCCUCGAACCACUUACUCUCGUCAUCCUCGUCACUGGGAUGGUAUUUGAUCAUAAGAUGUAUGGAGGGUUUGAAGGGAGUGUUAUGGCGGUUUUGAGUUGUGGGUUGGGAGUUGUGCUUGCGGAUUUUGGACCGGAUUUGUGGUAUGAGGUUGUUGGGGAGGAGAAUACGAGGGAGUUGGUGAGGGAGGUUGGGGAGUUGGUGCCGUUUCUUGGGAUUGGGGAUGAUUAUUCUUCUUACUCGGAUGAAGAUGAGAGGAGUGAUGUUGGGUCUAAGACGACUGCAUCGUCGAGACGGACUGGGAGGUCAGCUACUGACACGGGCACUUCAGUUACGAUUCGGCCAUCUCAAGUUCGAGCUUCUCAACGUCCGAUACCGAUUAUUCGUCCUCGUCCUACACCACGCCUCCCAUCAGGAAGCGCCACUACGCGUAGUGUGACGUUUGAUGAGAGCUCGAUUACGCAGUCGCAGAGUAGCGACGUCGAUGCGGAUGAACUCACUACGGAUACAGGGUACCCUCUACCUGAGGGAGAGGGAGAUGAUGAAUCCGUACCUCCCUCCGCAUCAGCAAAUGAAAACGGCAAUGGAGAUGGGUUGGACGACUUGUACAUGGAACCCUCAACAACGAGUGGGUCGUCUCAUACGCGUGUACAAAUGCCAACUUCUAUUCUACCGCCUCUACAUAUCCCAGGAGGUAAUGUUUCGGGUCGUCCUGGCGUAUCUAUGCCUGAGGAACGACAAAGAAUUCCUUCGUCGAUGUCUCAAGAGGAUGGUAGUAGUUUAACUCCGCGCGCGACUAGUCAUCCGCCUGUUGAGUUCCCUCCCAUCCCUCCUUCGUUAAGACCAGGACCGGGACCUGGAGCGUAUGGCGUUGAGCCUCAUCCGCCACCGCCAAGUUUCCCCGAACCGGAAGUAUCACCACCAAACGGCUACGGUGGUCAUGGUGAGUAUGGUGGUCAUGGUGGAUAUGGAGGAUAUACUGGUCAUAGCGAUCAAGGAGGAUAUGCUGGGCAUGGUGCUCAUGGUGGAUAUGUUGGACAUGGAGGAUAUGCCAGUUAUGAAGGCUACUCACCACAAGUCAUCCCACCUUCCGAACCUACACCGGACUUAUCUACCGCUAUGCCGCUCCCUGAGUCAGCAGCAUACUUCCCUCCUCCAACACCUCAAGGUCAAGAGUAUCAAAGGGUUCCCAACGAAAAUGCAGAACAUGAUCAUGCGAAUGGAGGACCCUCACGACUCUCAAGGAUCCUCAACGUUCCUAUCGCCCCACACGAUUCUACUCAACCUCAGCAGAAUCCUGUCGAGUAUCUAGAGGAGUCACCGGAGUCUGCGCGGUUAUGGGCUCCGCGGGAGGGAUCUGCCUCGAGGCGGUCAGGAUCGAGGUCGAGGUCAAGGUCACCUGCGGGUCCGAGACCUCAACUGCCUCUUCAUCAUGAGGAACAGGAAGGAUGGGAAGUAUUACCACCCCCUUCCUCGGAGAUGCAACCGUCGAUGCCGGUUGGUGAGGUACCUGGGCCUCCGGGGUAUAUCUCUGAGUCUUUCGACGACUCAACAGUAGACGUCCGCGACCUCGAUCGCGAAACCGCAAAUUCCCGUAUCCAAGAAGCGUGGAAGCUUGUAGAGAAGAAACAUCAAAGGAGGUUGAACGUACUUGUUCGACAUGAUGAUGAUGAGUUACGGUCUGGGAAGGACUCAACGUUUCAUUUGAUGGAGGAUUUGGAGAAUACGCGGUUCAACUUCAAGAUUAGACCGGGGCUUAUCAUCAUUACUUCGCGUUCGAGAGGGUAGGCGUCGACGUCUCGCGGACUUGGCUGAAUUUGCUUUUCACAACCAUGCAUACUGUCUUCUGUCUCUCUCUCUCGCUUUGGAAUACCACAAACAUCCAACUCAAUUCAUUUAUUCACCAGGGAUCCAAUUCAUUUAUAACUCGGGCGCAACCCAAUUCCUGCAAUGCAUCUAUAUAUAUCUCAUGUCUUUCAACAUUUUCCCUGGGCUUGUGAGUGUACUGGAGUUGACGUUAAUGGGGUGAAAAAAGUGGGAAAAGAAAAAUGAACUGUGAAAUAGUGUGCUGUUGUACAGUUCUAAGGAGGGGGAAUGAGGAGAUAUUGUUCAUAUUUGUUAGGUC